AUGUUAUUUUCAAUCUUAACAACUGCUUAUUGGGUUGGAGUAGUAGCAAUAGCAGGUGCAGUUGGUAUACUAUCACUUGUCUAUGUAGCACAAGAAAAACUUAUAUAUUUUCCAGACACUCAACACUUUUUGGCUCCAUCUAGAUAUGGAUUCGCUGAUCAAGACUGGAAGGAAGUCAUGUUGAGAGCAAGCGAUGGAAUAACAAUACAAACAUGGUUAUUUAAACAAAAGAAACCAAAGGCUUGUCCAACUAUUAUAUUUUGUCAUUCAAAUGCUGGUAAUCUAAGUCAUAGAUUACCAAAUAUUAAACAACUUUUCGAUGUAAUUGGUGUCAAUGUAUUCAUAAUCAGUUAUAGAGGUUAUGGUAAAAGUGAAGGUGUACCAACUGAAAAUGGUAUUAAAUUAGAUCUUGAUGUAUCAAUCGAAUAUUUAUUAUCAAGUGAUGAAGUAGAUAGUAAUAGAUUAUGUAUAUUUGGUAGAUCAUUGGGAGGAGCAGUAGCAGUAGAUGCAUCCUAUCGAUAUCCACAACACAUCAAGGCCAAUAUUCUUGAAAACACCUUUUUAUCGAUCCCAGAGAUGGUCGAUGUUGUGCUGCCACAACUCAAAUUCUUCAAACCACUCUGUCGCAACAAAUGGAACAGUUAUCUCACCAUUCGUGAGAUCCGUACUCCCAUUCUCUUCCUCUCGGGACAAAACGAUGAACUUGUCCCUUCAGCUCACAUGAAGCGUCUCAAAGAGGAAGCUGUCAAUUCUGUAAAUACCAAUAUGAUCAUUUUCGACAAGGGAGGACAUAUGAAUCUUAUGCUCCAACCAAAUUAUUACGAUCAUAUUAAAGAAUUUCUUGAAAAUGUUUUUGGUAUUUGGAGAUAA